CAAACUAAGUUGACACUGUUGUUCUCCUUCAUCACAUACUAAAAGGAUAUUUUCUUGAGGUAGUCUUUUAAUAACCCAGUGUGGGAAAUGUCUGUGAACGGGCUGCUGUCCAGUAUCCGCAGGCUGACCCAAAAUGAAGAGCAGCUGAGGAACUCAAACUCUGUGAGUCCUUUUGAGGUCCUCCGUCAGCAGAUGGAUGACAUUUUAGGAGAUGGAGGAAUUAUGAAGCAAGUGGUCCAGCCUGGAGAGGGCCCACCAGUGCCCGAGAACGCUUCAGUCAUAAUGCAUUACUCUGGCUUCCUGGAGUAUUCUGACCAGCCUUUUGAAACCACGCUAAACAGAAGGCACCCUCGGAUUAUGAAGUUAGGGAGAGAUGUGACAUUGGGAGGCCUGGAACUGGGUUUGUUAACUAUGAAAAAGGGGGAGUUUUCACGCUUCCUGCUGCAGCCUCAGUAUGCCUAUGGGAACAUGGGCUGUCCACCCUUCAUCCCGGAACGUGCUGUGGUUCUCUAUGAGAUCCACGUCCUGGACUUCCUGGACUCUGGACUAGUGGAUAAAUUUCUCACACUAUGUCCAGAGGAACAGAACUCUUCUCCUCUGUCCACAUUUUUAGACGUGGUCAAUACAUUACGUUCUUUUGGCAAUCGCUGCUUCAAUCAGAACCAGAUGUACCAUGCCAAAGAUCGUUACAAACAGGCUUUGAAGCUUUUGGAAACCAGGAAAUCUCAGAAUGUGCCAGAGAAGGAGAGUCUGCAGACGGCCCUUCUUCCUGUGUAUCUGAAUCUCUCCCUCACUGAGCUGCGUCUGGAGAACCCACAGAAAGCCCUGAAGUACGGCAACAAAGCACUACAGAUUGACCGCAACAACACUAAGGCUCUUUUCCGCUGCGGACAGGCCUACCAGGAACUGCAAGAGUUUGAGAAUGCGCAACAGUGCCUCUUAAUGGCUCAGGGGAGGAAGCCUUUUGACAGCGACGUCAAUAACCUCCUGAGGAAAGUGGCAAUGUCCUAUAAAGAAAGCCUAGAUAAACAAAAAGACAUGUGCUCCAAGAUGUUCAAGCAUUUCAAUUGCAGAGAUUUAAAUGAGGAAACGGGUUAGAAACAGUACAGCAUCCAUGUUACUUAUUGUUCAAAUGAAAUCUGUACCUUUCAGGUUGCAGCAUUGCUGUGGUGUGUAUGAGGAGCAGUUUAUAGUUUUGUGGAA